AUGCCAACCAUAUCUGCCGCUCCCCUCAACCAAGGAUCCCCUCCCUCUUCCCAACUUCAAUAUCAGCCUCAGUCCUCCCCUUCUUCUGCGGCUGUUGUCUCUAUCCCUUCCUCUUCUUCAACGGUCGACUUCGGUCUCCCAACUUUCACUUCUACCUCAUCCUUCAUCUCCUCCGACAUCCCCGCUACUGCGAGUUCUCCGGCCGCCACCGCGUCCACAACCGGCUUGACAGGUUCAGUAAUCGGCUCGAUCUCCAGACGGAAUCGACGCUCUUUUGCUGCUCUCGCUCGCGAAAAGACCUCCAGUGCCCUUGCGAACCUCUCAGCAAUCGGCUCGAACGCGAAUUACCCUCUCCGCCAAUCCGCCUCGUCCGGCAGCCUGCAGAAGCAUUCGCGAAAAGCAUCUCAACUCAGCGCAGGUGAAACACCCCUCUCCCCGCCAUUGUCCGACGGCAGCGCCAGCAGUGAACAAUCGACCUCUGCCCAAUUCGAUUCCAUAUCUGCAGUGACCGAGCAGCCCAGCUCUUCAGCAGAUCGGCGCCGCCAGACCAUCCAACUGAUCCCACCCAUCUCUGAACAAAGACCGAAUUCCGCGGUCAGCUUUUCCCCGGCCAAGAUGCAUCAAACAUCGUCUAGGCUGCUACGUAUGACGGAAGAUGAUCGUCCUUUUACAAAGGAUUUUAUGGACCUGUUCUCUACCCUCAUGGUCAGCUUGAAAUUGGAUUCGCACCGCGUACGCUUCACGAAAUAUGACCACACAUUCACAUCAGAGGAAGCCAUCAAUAACCUGGGCUCCCUUAAAUUCUCCCAAUCAAACCGAAUGCCAGACCCGAAAGACCCCUCUCGCAUCGUUACAACCACCACAACGACAACCUUCUCAAUGGCCAAGGAGAUGGCUCGUUCGGUAUGUCAGCGGUUUGUUGAUGCCCGGUUCAUUGAGUCCGUUGAUGGAAAAUACUCGCACACUUUUCCGUUGAAAGGUGCUGUGUAUCAACUUACCCCCAAGGGCAUCAACAUCCUACAAAGAUUUUGCCAAAGAAACGGUAUCACCGCGCGCCAUGUGAUUGACGUCCUGGAGUCGCCCCGUAACACGAUGCAACUGGUCAACCUGGAACGUGAUACCGAAACCGACAAGCUUUCCCACGAUCGAGCAACAAUUGAGGUUAUUUUCCGGCGAUUUGCAGGACAGGACGGGCCCAACGUGAAAAGCAGCGUCUCCAGCUCAGAUUCUGACUCGCUCAGUGACUAUUCAAAUGGCUUGGUUGGCGUGAAAAUGGCCAGAGAACGCAAAAUUGGCGAUAAAAUGUUUUCCAACACUUUCACAGGAAAGGGCGCUGUUGACUGGUUGAUGGACUGUUCGACGACCAUUGAACCCCGGGAAACGGUUCUGAUUGCGGAGCUUUUCGUCAAGUAUGGCCUGAUGACGGUACUACAAGAGGACCGUUCUAUCCCCCAGAUGGAGAACUCCUUGGUUGCUUUUCAACCAUCCAAAAACGCGAUAUACAGUAUCACUGAGCGUGGCCAACGAGUUUGCGGGUGGAUUGCGCGCGACAGCAAGAUUCGCGAAACACCUUAUGACAGUCGUGGAAUCCCAAGGGAUUCUAACAAUGCGCGCCUGAACCAUAUUUUGCAAGAUCCUGCUUUGCGCCUGCUGUUCCGAGAAUUUCUCCGCUUCUCGCUUUGUGAAGAGAAUCUCUCGUUCUAUAUCGAUGUCUCUGAAUUUACUUCCCAGUACCAUAAAUAUGACAAGGUGGGCCAUUUCAAAAAGCCCGAUGCUGUACGGGAAACGCUGGCGGCAGCUUACGGUCUCUACAACGCCUUUUUGGCGCCCGGCUCUCCCUGCGAGCUCAACAUUGACCACGCGCUCCGUAAUAGUUUGGCUAGCCGCAUGACGAAAGCAGUGGGAGAUGACGAUUCAAUGCUCAAGAGCCUUCAAGAAGUGGUGCAGCUGUUCGAGAUGGCGCAGACAUCGGUAUUCAAGUUGAUGUCAAGUGAUUCUGUCCCUAAAUUCUUGCGCGACCCGAAAUACUCUGCGAUUCUCCAGGAGCACGACGUGGAUGACUUAAUUGGUACUGGUUCAAGAUCUUACUCGCCUACACCUGCACCCCUUCCGGAACGAUCGAUGAGCCGCUCAGCACGUUCAUGA